ACCAUUAAGUUUUUCUUUGGGAAUAUUAUCAUUAUUCCAUUUAUAAAACAACUUUGGAAUCGUUAUUCUAAUUCAUGACCCAAAACUGUUAUUGUACGUUGGUUUUCGUUUAAAAAAAAAAGAUGUAGGAACCAAACGACGCACCCUAUCCUUCCUACCCGGAUCAAUUAUAAUGGAUGCACUGCCGGAAGCUAUAGCAAAUUUAUUACCGCCGUCACAGCGACAAUAUUUGGCGCAUUUUGGGGGGUUCCCCCGAAGACAUUUUUUUGUGAGAUUUUGUGCAAAAUCAAUUGAACGUCAUCUUCAGGACAAUUUACAGAUGGCAAUUUAACCGAAACAGUCUGUGCAUACGGCAUGGAAGAGCAGACAGUGGUUGAAGAGCAAGGCAAAGUUCCGAAACAACAGGAGUCCAGUGAGGACAUUUCUGCCAGUGUUUUAGUGAAAAGGGGCAGGGGAAGACCCAAAGGUUCCAAGAAGCUCCAGAUCACCGUUCCCGACGUCAACCUCAUGGAGAUUGUUUCAGGCAUCGCCAACAGCAGCCCUGCGCUGGGUUUCGACAACAUAAGCAGUGGUGAAGAUUACGUGCCCAAGAAGAGGGGCCGGCCAAAGGGCACCGGGAGCAAGCGUUUGGCUGAAAAGGUGCCCGAUGACAAUGGCUCAGACACGCCCAAACGAGGAAGAGGGCGCCCCAAAGGAUCCGGCAAGCGCAAGGCCGAGAAUGUCACGAGCGAAGAAGACAGUGACGAAGCGGGGCAAACCCAGGGCUCAGCCAAAAAGGUGCCUCGCGUUGAGCUAGGUGGCAAUGACAACUCGCCCAACGGGGUCGCCGCCCCACGGGGCAGAGGACGGCCGAGAAAAAGUAGCACCGAGCGGCGCCUGGCGCCUGCCAGCGAUGGCCCCAAAAGAGGGAGGGGCCGACCCAAAGGCUCCGUCAACAAGAAGCCUGCUAUGUCUUUGGUGCUCUUUCAAGUGGGACGUCCCCGUAGAAAGCAGAUCCCGCCCUCCAGGCUGGUCAUGCGCCUCCCCAGAAAAACCGGGAAGCGUGGAAGACCCAAGAAAGUACCUUCUAGAAGGGGCCGCCCCAGGAAGUACCCUCUGCCGUCGUCGGAAGGCUCCCAAAACAGAGUGUGGAAGCCCCUUGGGAGACCCAGGAAGCAUCCUAUCCCCGGGACCGCAGGGGCACCCCCGGCCGGUCGUCGAGGUAGAGGUCGUCCGCGCAAGUCGGACGCAGCAAAACGUCCUGGCGCCUCAUACGACGGACCGCCGCGCAAAAGAGGCCGGCCCAGGAAGCACCCCUCCGGCUCUCGCGGCGAACCUGCUAAACCCAGAGUGUGGAAGCCCCUCGGGAGGCCCAGGAAGUAUCCUCUGGUAGAUCCUCCGGAGGGAGCUCCGGCGCCCCCUCGCCGCACACCGGGUCGGCCGCGCAAGUCUGAAUCCAAACGAGGUGCCCACCUGCGCAAUCCCGCCUCGCCGCGCCCCCUGGGACGCCCUCGGUUGACAACGGGUGAGGAUGGCACGCCGCGCAAAAGGGGGCGCCCCAAGAACUCGGGCGACAAGAAAGUCCAAAGCGAGGCUCCGCUGGAUGACAGUCCCUGGAACCAUUCCAGCAACGCAGCAGAGGAGCGCAAGGAACAGGAGGCGGAAGUGCGUGAGGACGGCGCCCCCGCUCAGCAACGGGAAGAACGCGCCGCCUCCGAGGAGGGGGUCAAUCCCUCGCAGUGACAUCGUAAGUUUCCAACUGGCGCGCUUGAUGAACAAUCCAUCAAGGUUCUUCACUUGUAGGCUAUAUUGCAGUCUGUUCAAUUAGAUAUCCUACUACAGACUAAUCCUUUUCUUUUUCAUCAAGUCCUACUAGAAACUCUUCUACUUUUACUUUUCUUUGUUUGUUUGUUGGUUUUUGCCAUGACUUUUGAUUACUCCUCUUUAGUCCUCACAGAAGAUUUUAGUUUUUAGAGUGACAUCACUCGAUUCAGGCGCUUUGUCUCUGUGGCGAUCAGGAGCAAAUAGAAUAGUGACAAAAAAAAUAUAUACGCAUUGAAGUCUUUGUAAUCUUUGCCUUUUUUUAACACCCAGAAGUCCACACUAACUCAUUUGUAAGCAGUGAGUUUUAAAACUUUUUUUUUUUUAAGCCGUAAAAGUAUUCCCCCCACCAGCACACGUUUUGAUUUUAACCCUCAGAUGACUGUAAAAGGUUGGUGUUCACACUUGGGGAAAAUAUUUGUGAUUUUCAGCUCCCUGUGAACACGCCUACUAUAUAAUUCUUCACCAAUGGUGUAUUUUGUUGAAUUCCUCAUUUUAAAAAAAAAUUGUACCGUUAGAUGUUUUUGUGCUUUUUUUUCUUUUCCUCCAUCUUUUUCUAGUCUGGUAGAAAACAUGAUGUAAUGCCCGGUAGCCCAUUUUAUGGCCGUCUUAGUCUACGUUCACACUGCAGGGCCCAAUUCUGAUCCCCUCCGCCCCAAACUAAUUUUAAGUAGUUGUCACACAUUACAAAAAAAAUGCAACUUCUAAUGUGAAUGGAAUGCAUCUGUGACGUGGCACUCUUGCACUCAAAAUAUGCAGUUAAGCUGCGCGGUGUUUAUGGAUGUAAAUGUGGGUCCAUGUUUUGGGCCUAAUCUUAUUUCUUGACUUGAAAGUUCCUCUUCCUUGCUUUAGAUCAGUGGCUCUUAACCUUGUUCGAGGUACCGAACCUAACCAGUUCAUAUGCACAUUCACCGAACCCUUCAUUAGUG